AUGUCCCUCCCUACCUGGUACUUUUGCCCGGCCCAUCUGGUAUUCCAUGCCAUUUUCCUCUUUGCGGGAUCUCCCCAGCCGUCGUGCGGCGAAUGCGCCGUUCUCUUCUUCCACCAGGCCCACCGCGCUACCUGGCUGCAGAAAUACGAUGUCGGCGCCGUCUUGUCCAACGUGUCUCGAGUCUUUCGCGACGUUGUGGCCGACACGACAAGGCUCCUCGACGAGAUCGACGAGAUUCAGCCCCACCAAGCCCAGGACCUGGACCUGUCGAUGCCUCCCUGCGAGGUAUCCAACGACGUCUUCAACGAGAUACCCAGGGGAGACUGGACAUACAGGUCCCUGGGCACCCGGCUCAUCCCCCACAAGCGAUUUGCCGACACGUACCUGCUUGAAUACCGCACCUUUCAGGGAGCGUUGGCGUACCAGCCGUGCUCGAGGAAUAUCCGUUCCAUGGGCUUAUUCGACUCGCUGCAGCCGCUCGAGCCAAACGGCGACCAAGUCUUCAAGGAGGCUCGGGAGUGGUCGUGCGUAACGCAAUCCAUAUUUGCCCUACCAAGGGAGCUGAGAUGGGUGCUCGCCACGAUAUACAACUUCGCCAAUGAGGUACUCCGACUAGACUCCGACGAGAACACGGCUUGGCAGAUGCGGUCAUGGCUCGUCCACUGGUACACCGUUGCGGAUGAGCUUUUCAAGUUCUUUGGUAUCCUCGCAGAAAGUCCCGAGGUUGACUGGUUCAGCCGCCCGUGUGCGACGCCUGAGACUUUGCCACAGCAGGUGCACAAGUCUCCCACCAACCGCCAGUCGAACGGCACAGAUUCGUCGAGUGCCAGGACCAUCGUCCGUCACUUCAAUUCUCUGAGGAAUGCGGGAAACGAGCAACAGUAUCAGGUCAGGCAUUCCAACGCCGCUCUCAUACACGGAUGGUUGUCGACGCAAACGCGUCUGCCGCAGCUCCAUGAUACGGCGUUAUUCGAUCCCGCCCCAGGAGGCUACGCUUCGUCGUGGGCCAACCUCCCCCCAGCGGCUGCCAGAUGGUCCCGAGAGAGUUCCAUGGCCGCAUCAUCAAACCUCAACCCAGCUGCCCCAGCGUUCAUGCCGGUCCCACCGCCGACGGUCUGUUCAACCUUCACAUCUCGCGAGGAUAGUCAUGACUUUGACGAGGGCUACGCAUCACAGAGUGACUGUGGUAACGAGAUCUUGAGUCAACCGCAGACUCUGUCAGUAUAA